GUUCUGCCCUCGGAGGGGCGGGGCCGCGGCUGGGCCCGGGACUCUCGGCGGCCGAGAGCCCAGAGCCGGGCUGCCCCGGGCAGAAGGCUGCAGGCCGCGCCCAGGCUGAGUUUCCCGCCCGCUUUCCGCCGCCCGCGCCGCGCGUGCUGCUGUCCGGCAUGCUGCGUGGGGGCGGACAGGCGCUCCGGCGCUUCUCCUCCAGCCCGAUUUCUUUCAAAAACAAGCUGAAGUUGGCACUGAUUGGCCAGAGCCUGUUUGGACAGGAAGUCUACAACCAUCUGCGCAAAGAAGGCCACCGAGUUGUGGGGGUGUUCACGGUUCCAGACAAGGAUGGAAAAGCUGAUCCACUGGCUUUGGCUGCAGAGAAAGAUGGGACCCCUGUGUUCAAGUUCCCUAGAUGGAGAGUCAAGGGCAAGACCAUCAAGGAGGUGGCAGAAGCCUACAGAUCCGUGGGAGCUGAGCUAAACGUGCUUCCCUUCUGCACACAGUUCAUCCCCAUGGAUGUAAUUGAUGGUCCAAAGCAUGGCUCCAUCAUUUAUCACCCGUCCAUCCUGCCCAGGCACAGAGGAGCCUCUGCUAUCAACUGGACUCUCAUUAUGGGAGAUAAGAAGGCUGGGCUCUCUGUUUUCUGGGCUGAUGACGGCUUAGACACAGGACCCAUCCUCCUUCAGAGGUCGUGUGAAGUUCAGCCCAACGACACAGUGGACACACUUUAUAAUCGAUUUCUUUUUCCUGAGGGAAUCAAGGCCAUGGUAGAAGCUGUCCAACUCAUAGCAGAUGGAAAAGCUCCUCGAAUUCCCCAGCCGGAAGAAGGGGCCACGUAUGAAGGUAUCCAGAAAAAGGAAAACGCCGAGAUUUCUUGGGAUCAGUCUGCGGAAGUCUUACAUAACUGGAUCCGAGGUCAUGAUAAAGUCCCUGGGGCCUGGACAGAGAUCAAUGGGCAGAUGGUCACCUUCUAUGGCUCGUCAUUACUGAAUAGCUCUGUGCCUCCUGGAGAACCACUGGAAAUUAAAGGUGCCAAGAAGCCUGGUCUUGUUACCAAAAACGGACUUGUUCUUUAUGGUAACGAUGGCAAAGCACUGAUGGUAAGAAAUCUGCAGUUUGAAGAUGGGAAAAUGAUUCCUGCCUCUCAGUACUUUUCAGCGGGUGAGACGUCCGUGGUAGAACUCACAGCUGAAGAGGUGAAGGUGGCUGAGACCAUCAAGCUCAUCUGGGCCGGAAUUCUGAGCAACGUCCCUGUUAUUGAAGACUCAACGGACUUCUUUAAAUCCGGGGCUCGCUCCAUGGAUGUUGUCAGGCUGGUGGAAGAGAUCAGACAGAAGUGUGGCGGGCUUCAGUUACAGAAUGAAGACGUCUACUUGGCCACCAGGUUUGAAGACUUCAUCCAAAAGGUCGUGAGGAAGCUGAGAGGAGAGGACCAGGAGGCAGAGCUGGUGGUGGACUAUGUUUCAAAGGAGGUCAAUGAAAUGACAGUAAAAAUGCCAUACCAGUGUUUUAUAAAUGGAGAGUUCACGGACGCCGACGAUGGAAAGACGUAUGACACUAUCAACCCAACGGAUGGAUCUACAAUAUGCAAAGUCUCCUAUGCAUCUCUGGUGGAUGUCGAUAAGGCAGUAGCAGCCGCGAAAGAGGCUUUUGAAAACGGAGAAUGGGGAAGAAUGAACGCGAGAGAAAGGGGACGACUGAUGUACAGACUCGCAGACUUACUGGAAGAGCAUCAGGAAGAGCUGGCAACCAUUGAAGCCCUCGAUUCAGGCGCCGUCUACACCCUGGCUCUGAAGACUCACAUUGGAAUGUCUGUGCAAACAUUCAGAUACUUUGCUGGCUGGUGUGACAAAAUUCAGGGUUCUACAAUUCCAAUCAACCAGGCCCGUCCAAAUCGCAAUCUGACCUUCACCAAGAAGGAGCCACUUGGGGUCUGUGCCAUUAUCAUCCCCUGGAACUACCCGCUGAUGAUGCUGGCAUGGAAAAGUGCUGCGUGCCUGGCAGCAGGCAACACCUUGGUGCUCAAGCCGGCACAGGUCACGCCCUUGACCGCCUUGAAGUUCGCAGAGCUGUCCGUGAAAGCAGGCUUCCCGAAGGGGGUGAUCAACAUCAUCCCGGGCUCAGGCGGUAUAGCAGGACAGCGUCUUUCGGAGCAUCCUGAUAUCCGUAAACUUGGCUUCACCGGCUCCACUCUGAUUGGCAAGCAGAUCAUGAAGAGCUGUGCUGUGAGCAACUUGAAGAAAGUGUCCCUUGAACUCGGCGGCAAAUCUCCACUUAUAAUAUUCAACGACUGUGAACUUGACAAGGCCGUGCGAAUGGGCAUGGGAGCAGUAUUUUUCAACAAGGGCGAGAACUGUAUUGCGGCUGGGCGGCUGUUUGUGGAAGAAUCCAUCCACGACGAAUUUGUGACAAGAGUGGUGGAAGAAAUUAAAAAGAUGAAAAUUGGUGAUCCCCUGGACAGAUCUACUGAUCACGGGCCCCAGAAUCAUAAGGCCCACCUGGAAAAGCUGCUGCAGUAUUGUGAGGCUGGAGUGAAAGAGGGGGCCACCCUGGUGUACGGAGGAAGACAAGUGCAAAGGCCAGGCUUUUUUAUGGAACCAACUGUGUUCACAGACGUGGAAGAUCACAUGUACCUUGCCAAAGAGGAGUCCUUUGGACCUAUUAUGGUCAUUUCUAAAUUCCAAAAUGGGGACAUCGAUGGAGUGCUGCAGCGAGCCAACAACACCGAGUACGGCUUGGCCUCCGGGGUGUUCACAAGGGACAUAAACAAAGCCAUGUAUGUGAGUGAGAAACUAGAAGCAGGAACUGUCUUUAUCAACACGUACAACAAGACGGACGUGGCGGCCCCGUUUGGGGGAGUUAAGCAAUCUGGCUUUGGAAAAGACCUGGGUGAGGAAGCCCUAAAUGAAUACCUCAAAACCAAGACAGUGACACUGGAAUAUUAGAGCAACGCCACCCUCACCGGAGGACCCCCGGCAGACAGAACCGCUUCUCCACAGUGCACUACAGUUCAGAAGACGCCUGGGUGUGCCGAGGAAGGAGGUGUCAACCACGAGCCACUACAGAGACACACGGGCCUUGACGUGGGUCAGGACCCGUGUCCCGGCAUUUACACGCAGGCCUGGGUAUUUUCUAAUAUGCCUUUUAUACCUUAAAAUGACUUACAGUUGCUGGAUUUUCACCAUGUUGUACAUCAUACAUAUUUCUAACAUACCAAGGUGCUUCCCCCCACCCCCAUCUAAUCUCUUUAUGACUGUCCAUCUUGAAAUCAUCAACACCACACAGUUGUAAUACAAAAGCCAUUUUGGAACCUUUGUAUAAGGUGUACAGGUCUUAACCUCAGAACCAUUCAUACGGGCUAUUCAAAAGAUUUCCUGUGAUUUUACUUUGAAGGGACAGUGUGUCCUGUAAGGAAUGUGAAGGUUUUUUUUUUUUCCUUUUUUUUUUCAUAUUUGGAAAUAAGAUACAUCUCUGUGCCUUUGAUGUUCUAUUUUUGAAACCACUGUGAUGGGUAAGGAACCCACAAACAUUUCCUGAGAAUCUACCAACUAGGUACGAGGUGCCAUAUCGUGUUCUGAAGAGUAUGCCAAAUUUAAGGGCGUGAUCUUUGGCUCCACAGUUUAAAGGGUAGUAAUUAACUCCUGAAGUGAACUGUACAGUGUGACAGCGUAGAGAGGCUGAUCUUCUGGUUCAUAGCGUAGCAUCUCACCAUCUGAGCGAUGCUGGGUAACUCCCCUGAGCCUCAGUUCCUUAGACACAAACAGGGAUAGCACCACCUCCCUCAGGAUUCAACGCAGCAACGGAAGCAAAGCGUCUCAGGCUGUGCUUCGCAGGUGUAAAUAAAUAUUAAACUGUUUUCCUCCAUCCCUCUUUUAAAAACGUAUUGAAAUAGGUUGGUAACCCAGCUGAGUUAACUGCUCACUGUCCUUUUCAGGGGUCAUCAGUUACUACGCUGCUUCUCUCACCCGCCGUCCUGACACGCUGCCUGACUCAGCAGUACUGAGAAAUGCCGCGUAAUGGCAGUGGCACAAGGUCAAGGCUGCUUUUCUCGCAGCAGCUUACUCGUCCCUGAAGGACACUGUUGCAUUUUUAUACCUCCUGGUUCUGCUGCUCACAGCUGGCUGAUCUUGGGCAAGUGUAUUAUCUAGUAUCUCAGAGUCUAGGUGUGGUCUCUGUAAAACGGGGACAGGCAUCCCUAUCUCAUUGGGUGUUGCAAGAAUUUGAUGAGAUAAAUAUGCACACACAGGGUGUGGGGAUCACAGUUGGGGCUAAGGAAUAGGGACUGUUACAACCCAUGCAGCACUCACAUCAUUUCCCUUUCAGACAGAAGCAGGGAGGUGGGUAAAUUAUCACCAUCCGAGGUGCCCAGAGAAAGGGGAGCUCCUGAAUCAUGGAGCAGUCAACCUAUUUAUUUCUCUUUCCAAGUAAAUGUCAGUGCACAUUCCUAUUUCUCUGACUGAAGAAGGCCUUAGGGAAACUCCAAGGCCCAACAGGAGGGGAUGUAGGGAAUCAAUAAACAAUGAGCAACAGCUGUAAAUUCAGAGGCAGGAGACCCUGCCAGAGGAGGAAACACCAGGUUUGGUCCCAGCAUGGCCAGCAGAGCACAGUUUGCCGGGGUAAGCAUUUUUCAUCAUGUAUUUUUAAAUUUACCAUCAGAGCUUGGCACAGCUGAAAUUCUAAACUGGAAUAAAUAUUCACUGGACCAAAAUGGCAGUUCACCUUUGAGCAAAAUGACAAAGGCCUUAUUCUAAGUGGUCACAUUUAAAUGAACCGCUCAAAUUGAUUUCAUUUGAUUUAGAAUAUCACCUUGUCAGAUUAUUUGAGUGAUAGAAUGGCAGAUAAAAAAACACCUGCUCUUCUGGCCUGAUUUUAUUUUACCCUUUAGGAUUAAUCUAAGUAGCCAGUGCUUUUAAUCUUCUUCUUUGGGCCAUACACCUCUAUCAGAACCUGAUAAAAAGCUAUGGACCCUCUCUAACUUCUACCCACAAAUCUGUGUGCAGGUACAUAAUUGUGCAAAUAUCCUCAAGGGAGCCACAGACCUCCCAAAGACUGUGCUUGACCUUCCUGUGUCCAUAACAAGUUCUAGCAAGUUCUUACCAGCUGGAGUUUUUAUAUCUGACAGCUGAUAAGAAUCAAAGGUUCCAUGAACUCAUACAAUCAUCAUGUGAAUUUGAAUGGGAAUGCAAUGAUCCACAGCCUGCUGGGUUUAAUCAACACACUGAGUAAUUGUAUCAUCACUGUUCUUUCGGGUCACUGAUUGUUUUGCUAAGCUACAGGAUAAAGCUGUGACUGAUCAUUGCCUGAACUGGGGGGGAGUGUGGACGCUCUAUACAGUUCUACUUUCCCUCCAGCUCACCACCUGCAUGGCCGGUACUUGGUACUGAAAUCAGCUGCUUUCCUAACUAGAUACAAGCACCCCACCCUUAGGGCUAGCAAUGUCAGUAAUAAUAUUAACACAAGAGCAAUCAUUUAUUGAGGGCCUCCUGAGUGCCCAGUGCCAUGCUAAGCACUUUUAAAAUGUGAUCCUAAUCGUCAAAAUAUGUGAAAAACCUGAGACAUUGAGGUGCCCUGCAUCCAGCUCCCACCACUGCCAGGCCAUCGUCAUCAUCUCUGACCCAGACUGUUGCAGACGCCCCCUGGGAAGGUCUUCCUCGUUCUUCCUCGGAUGGUUCUGUCCGACUUGAAGGCACAGGGGGUUGUUCUGCUGAAAACCCUCGAAGCGCUCCUAUUUCAUUUAGAGUUGAGUCCAUGUGUUCACUAGGGUUCCCCAUACCCGUCUCCAAAAAAUAAAGCUGUCGGUGGAAACCUGGGCCUAACGGAGAUAAGGGAUGGUGGGUAAGGCAUGAGGCACGCUAGAUGAGGGCGACUACUAGUAUUAUACAAAUAAUACCCAAGUGGAUUUGUGAAAUGAUUAAAUAAUCACAAAAAUUACAGAAAACAUUAUCUCUGCCCAGAAAUAACUCACAGAUGAUAUCUGAGAUUGUUCGACUUUUUCUAUGAAUACAUAUACUUUUUUUACAGAAUUAUUGUAAUAUCAUACAUGAUUUUGUUAACUGCUUUUUAAACUAACAAUGGCAUAAACCGUCUUAUGUCUACAAACAUACCUCUGCUCAUUUUAGUGGCUUUAAUUCAACUUGUUCUCUAUUGCUGGAUAUUUAGAUCUGCUUUUUGCUGUUUUAAAUGUCACAAUAAAUCUUUUAUGCAAA